AUAACACAAAUAAGUUCUUUCAAGAUGAACGUUUACAACGAUGACAAAGGUUGUAGUUUAUUCCAAAAGUACUGUGAGGAAGUUAUAGGACAACUAUCAACAGAAUGCAUUGAGGCAUUUGAAGAAACAAAGGAUGAGGAAUCCAGGGUAAAAUUGCUGUAUGAUACCGCAGUUAAAAUUCCUAUCACUCUGACGGAGUUCAAUGGAAAAAGUUUUGAGGUGGCUCAACAAGAAAAAACCAGUGGCAAUUCAUAUUUUUCCAAGAAGGAUUAUCCCAAUGCUUUGAAGAGGUAUAAUGCAGGCAUUGUGAGUUGUCCACAGAGUUCGGUGCAGUCCAGAGAACUUCUGACUAUACUCAUUUCGAAUCGAAGCGCUGCAUUUUUCGAGCUGAAAGAAUAUAAGAAGGUAUUCAACGAUAUUGAUUAUCUUCUAGAAGUAGGCGAUUACCCUUCACAUUUGCAAUAUAAAAUAUGGCUCAGAAAGGCUAGAUGUUACGAUGCUCUUCAAAAUGAGAGACUGUCGUCAGAGGCGUAUAACAAAGCAAUAAGUAGUCUCAAAAACAGUAAGUUGGAUGAAGAGUCUAUCAAAAAUAAAAUUGAGGAAAUUGAGAGAGCUCGAAAACAAAAAUUCCAAAUAACUUCCAAACAUGAACUAGUACCGGUGCUAGAUGAAGAAAUAUUUGUUGGGGGCAGAGAAUAUGUAGCCGCCCACCCUAAAAUAAAUUUUCAACAAGAUAACUAUCAAGGAAGAUUCGCCAUAGCAAAUGAAGAUAUCAGCUUAGGCACUAUUAUUGUUGAAGAAAACCCCCAUUGUGCAGUUGUUGAUUACAAGCAUUGCUUGUUGAAUUGUCAAUAUUGCUUUGCAGCGGUGGAACAACCAAUAGCAUGCCCUACUUGUGCCAACGUGGUAUUUUGCAGCACAAUUUGCGAAAGACUAGGAAAUAAAUCAUUUCAUAGGGUAGAGUGUUCUGUUCAGCAAUCCCUCCUUACUUCUGGGGCUUCUGUGAAUUGCUCUUUAGCACUGAGAAUCAUAAGUCAAAGGCCUUUUUCGUUUUUCAAUGACAAAAGGAACAAACUCAAGGACUAUUUGAAAGACAAUUGUAAGAAGAAUAUUAUAAAGAAGAAAACGUACCGUUUUGACGACUAUGAUAAUGUGUUCUUUCUGUGCAGAAAUGAAAAUGUGCGUAAGAAAGAAGAACUUGUACACUAUACAUGCAUUGCAAUAUUUCUUCUUCGCUUGUUGAAAACUGGAAGGUAUUUUCCUUUCGAUACCAGCGAGAGCAUUCUCAAAGACGAAGAGGUGUAUAUUGGAAGUUUGCUACUCAGACAUUUAGAGCUUUUGCAGUUCAAUGCUCAUGAGAUAUCAGAACUGAAAAAUUUGGAAAAGCCAUUAGAAAUCAAAGGAAUAUCAACAAGAUAUGAAAAUGCCAGUAUCGGCGCCGGUCUCUACCCUACUUUGGCGCUUUUCAAUCAUUCGUGUGAUCCCAGCAUAGUGAGGUAUAAUAUUAAAAAUAAAAUGGUCGUUCGUACUAUUAAACCAAUAAAAGCUGGCGAAAUCAUUUACGAAAAUUAUGGGCCACUAUACAUGACAAUGCCUACGGAAAAAAGACAAGACAUAUUGAAGAACAACUAUUGGUUCGAGUGCUUAUGCAUUCCAUGCGUUGAAAUGUGGCCUAUGUUUGAUGAGAUGAGGGAGAAUGAAUUGAGAAUUGCUUGCAAAACAGAUAGAUGUCCAUUUGUUCACGUGGUGCGAGCUGAAGAUGACCCAUUUUUGACCUGCGACUAUUGUCACAAUGUAACCACUAUUUUCCCUCACCUAAAAGGGCUCAUGGUACUGGAUGAAAUUUUGCCUGAAGCAGAAACUUUGUUUGGAUUGGGACAAUUUGACAACGCAAUGAAAAAAUUCAUAACUGGACUAGAUAUUUUGUUCAAAUAUACAAAACCACCUCAUCCUGAAAUGAUAAAGGUUCAGCAACGAAUUCGUACCUGCAUGAUUCACUUGGGAAACAAAGCUUGUGAUUACAAAAUCAGUUCAUAAACGUGGGCUUCAUAGAAAAUAUGAAAGUACUGUCUU